AUGACGUCUACAUUGCCUCUACACAUGUACAUUAGGCCUAUUAUCUUGGAGGACGCCCAACAGGUUAUUGACUUAGAAGCCAGAGGUUUCCCACCUUCUGAAAGAGCAUCACCACAAAAUGUUGAGUUCAGGCUGAAUACAUGUCCAGAACUAUGCUCAGGUCUAUUUAUCCGUGAAUUCAACAGCGAUACAAAGGAAGUUCAAUCUGAGACGUUAAUCGGACAUAUCAUGGGUACAAAGAUUUCACGUAAUGGGUUCAUCAGACUGGAAGACAUGAAAUUAACGCACAACGAAUCAAGCGACACUAUAGCUAUCCAUUCUCUAGUUAUUGAUAAAAACUAUCAAAAGAAGAAUCUGGCUACAUUACUUCUAACAGAUUACAUUCAAAAAUUGAGUAACCAAGAAAUUGGUGAGAGAAUUGUAAUCAUAGCGCAUGAGCCUCUAAUUCCAUUCUAUGAGCGUGUUGGGUUCAAAGUUCACGGUGAAAACAGGGAUGUGAUCAAGGAUCCCGAGUUUGCAAGCUCCAAAUGGAUCGAUAUGGUUCGUGAAUUGGUCAAGGAGGAGUAUGAGAAUUAA